AUGAGGGCUGGUGUUGAUGUCUUUGCUCUUGACUAUGAUGCUAUUAUUGCUGCCAUGUAUGCAUUGACUGUUAGUGCCGAGGGAGACUGUUACUUGUGUGUGCCGCCUGACCCAGGUAUAGAGCCCGCUGCCCUGGGUACUAGUGAGUCUGCUCUCUCUGGUAUGGUGCCCCCUGUACUUGCUCCCCCCAGUGCUGUCCCGGCUGGUUUCGAGUCUGCUCUCUCAGGUACAGCACCCACAGAGACUGCUCUCUUAGGUACCGCACCGGCUGAGGCCUGUCACACCUUCACCCUUGACUCAGGUGCUUCCCGUUGCUUCUUCCGUGACAGUACUGAGCUCACACCGCUUCCUGCACCGGUCCCAGUCUCCUUGGCUGACCCCUCUGGGGGCCCAGUCCUUGCCCAGUCCACCACUGUCCUCCCUUGUCCGGCGGUUCCGUCUGGCUCGUUGUCGGGUUUCCACCUCCCCUCGUUCUCGACGAACCUGGUGAGCAACGCUGUCCUCCAGGAUCAGUGGGUUGACACCUUUACCCCUGGCGGACAGCGUGUGGCGAUCUGCACGUGCUCCAGGACCGGCCGUCACCUGGCUACGUUUACCCGUCGGCCGGGGUCGAGUCUCUACACACUGACCACUGCGUCUCCUCAGGUAGCUGCUGUCGGUCAGGUGUCUGCGUCAGGUCUGGUAGCCCACGCCUGUGAGUGUCGUUCCCUGUCGCACCAGACUCUUCUCUGGCACCACCGCCUGGGUCACCCCUCCUUGCCACGCCUUCGUGGCAUGCACCGUCGCCACCUUGUGUCCGGUCUUCCCAGGUCCCUCCCUCCCCUCCCUGCCUCGCCUGCGCCGCCUUGCCUUCCUUGCGUCGAGGGGCGGCAGCGCGCCGCUCCUCACUCCUCCUCGUUCCCCCCGACAGAGGCUCCUCUGCAGACCCUCCACCUGGACGUGUGGGGCCCAGCCCGCGUUCGUGGUCAGGGCGGUGAGCGGUACUUUUUGCUGGUUGUCGACGACUACUCGCGUUACACCACGGUCUUCCCCUUGCGCACCAAGGGUGAGGUCCCUGCUGUUCUGAUCCCUUGGAUCCGCACGGUUCGUCUCCAGCUCCGCCGCCGUUUCCGGACGGAUCUUCCUGUCCUCCGUCUGCACUCUGACAGAGGUGGUGAGUUUUCCUCCGAUCUCUUGAGGACCUUCUGUCAGGCGGAGGGCAUCGAGCAGACCUUCACGCUUCCGGACUCCCCACAGCAGAAUGGGGUUGCUGAGCGCCGCAUUGGCCUGGUCAUGGAGGUCGCUCGUACCUCCUUGGUCCACGCGGCGGCUCCCCAUUUUCUGUGGCCGUUUGCUGUCCGGUACGCCGCGCAUCAGCUCAACCUCUGGCCCCGUGUCUCCUUACCGGAGACCUCGCCCACACUGCGUUGGACGGGGGAGGUUGGCGAUGCGUCGCGCUUCCGGGUGUGGGGUGCUCGUGCCCUUGUCCGCGAUACGUCUGCGGACAAGCUCUCCUCCCGCACGCUUCCCUGUGUCUUCCUUGGCUUUGUCCCUGACGCGCCUGGCUGGCAGUUUUACCACCCCACCUCGCGCCGGGUCUUCGCCUCUCAGGAUGUCACCUUUGACGAGUCGGUCCCUUUUUACCGUCUCUUCCCCUACCGCACUGCCCCCCCCCUCCCCCGCCGCUUUUCCUUGCUCCUGGUCCCCCUCCGGUAG